AUGUUCUUAGGCCGCCGACGUUCGAACGGUCACGCCGCGGGUGCCGGCUCCGAGGACGAUGACUUCGACGGAGGCCCCGACUCCGUCUUCUCCGCGCUCUCCACGAUGCAGGCGGAUCACAUCAAAUCCGCCGUGGCCGAAGUUCGACAGUCGGGCGGCAAGGUUAUUAAGAACACCAACUCCGCGCUGAGCAAUUGGGAUCAGGUGUCCUACGGCCUCGAGAAUCGCAUCGCCGCGAACGGCGCAUUCCCCCUGAUGCUCCUGGCGUUCGUCACGUCCUUCGUGCUCGGGCUCUUCGGCGUGCUCUGGUACCGGCUCAGCUCGGACACCGCCGAGCUGGUGUUCGGACAGGACUCCGUGGCGGACGGGGUUUUCAUGGCGGUGCAGCUCAUCACCUCCGCGUCGUUCAACGACAUCCCCGACGAGAACGGCCUGAGGCUGCUGUACUUCGUCCAGAUCUUUUUCGGCUUGGUGGUGUUCGCCAUCCUCGUCGGUUUCAUCACCGACGCCGUGUCGCAGUUCAUGAACUCGCUCGCGUCGGGGCGGACCAAGGUGGCGGCGCACGGGCACACCCUGAUCCUGGGCUGGAACGAGGCGACGCUGCGCGCGGUGGUGCAGUGCUCGUUCCUGCGGAGGCAGUACCAGAUGCUCAACGAGGGGAAGUUCUUCGGAGUCCUCUUCUAUUUCCCCGCGCUCGUGCCGGCGUUCAGGCGGCUCGGGCUGCUGGAACGGCCGUCGACGUCGCUCGCGGUGAGCGACAUCGUCAUCAUGGACAACAGCAUCAGCAAGGAGGAGAUGCACAUCAGGCUGGCGCAGGUGCUCGCGGAGCGCGGCAUCCUGCCCUGGCGCACCAAGCUCGGCCGUAACAUCAUCUGCCGCGUGGGUAACCCCACCAACGUCAACGACCUCAUCCGCGUCGGCGCGCAUCGAGCCGCCGCGAUACUCGUCAUGAUGACCGAGCACGACACCAAGGAGGAGGACGAGAGCGGCGGGCGUAUCUUCAACGGCGCUACGCUCAGGACGACGCUCGCGCUUCGACAGUGCCUCUUCACGAACCCUUACGACGAGAAGAAGGGCGUGACGGUUUUCCCCGGUCUUCGAAUCGUGCUGCAGAUGCUCCACCCGAGCGAGUACGUCGACGCGGCGUGUUUCGUCCACCCCGACGGCAAAGACGUGGUGAUACCGAUGGAUUUAUCGCUGUUCCUCAACGCGCUCAUGUUCAAGUGCGCGGCGCAGCCGGGGUUGAGCUCCAUCCUCAUGAGCAUCCUCGACUUUGAGGGGAGCGCGAUUCGGAGGAGGAAAGCCUCGAACCUGCGGUCGGGGCCGAACAACGCGUACGGCGCCUGCGUCGGUCAAACCUUCGGCAUGCUCCGGCGCGAGUUCUCCAGGGCCAUCUUCAUCGGGAUCAUCCGACCGUCGAUGCCCAAGGAGUUCAUCAAGCGACGCGGCUUUGGCCUCUGCCCCGACCCUCACAUCGUCAUCGAGCCCGAUGACUUGCUAAUCUUCAUCGGACCAAAGUCCAACCCCGUGCACUCGCACGAGAUGCUCGACACCUUCAACGGGUACAUCAAGGAAGCCGAACGCAUCCGCGCCGCCAACCCGGAGAUCGAGAAGGGGCACAUGACGUCGUGGGAAACGUCGUCCAAGAUCAAGUCCAACGUCCUCGUGUGCGGCUGGAGGGAGAUCUGGAACGACCAUCCCGAGCGCUUACACGCGAGGAUAAAUGAGGUCGUGCGCAUGAGGCUGGCGGGAUCCACGAUCACGUUCGUCAACGGCGUCGCGCAGGAGCUCUUCAAGCACCACAUGCUGGAGCACGGCCUGAUUCACGAGGAGACGAUCAAGGAGGGUGGAAACACCGUAUCCAUCUUUGGCUACGCGCGGGGGCACAAGCACGAGGGCGUGAGGCUGAGGCACAUCACGGGCGACGCCGCGUCCGCGUCGAUCCUUUCGCCGGUGAUCAUGAAGAACACGAUCCACACCGCGAUCGUCCUCGGGACUCAGACGACCGUGCGGCUGGGUGCGCACCACAGGGACACCCGCAUCCUCAACAUCCUGCUCCUCCUUCGUAAGCUCUGGUCUAUCAAACGAGAGGGCGUGCCCAUGCACAUCGUCGGUGAGAACAACGAGGACAUGACCGCCCGGCUGGCGCUCGCGCCCAAGCGCAUCGGCAAGAUUCGCACCGAACCCGAUUUCGUUAACAGCCAGGCUGUCAGCGCGAGGGCGCUGGUGCAGACACUCGCGUACCCCCUGAUCCAACCGGCGAUCUCCGAUCUCUUCCAAGAGUCCAAAAACUCCGCGGAGAUUGUCACCGUGGCCGCGCAAGAGUACGUGCCGCUGGACACCCCGCUCCUCUACGGCGUGGUCCGCGCGAUGGUGCUGCAAACGCGGGGCGAGAGGAGCAUCUGCAUCGGGAUUUUGUGGCGCGCGGGGCACUCGGAGCUGCUCGUGCCGCACGACCAAAACGUGACGCUGAUGAAGGGCGACAGGCUGGUGCUGCUCCGGCGGAUGCUGAGCUCGGACAUCCAGAACAGGGUAGAGGCGGCGACGACGUUCGCGCGAAUGUGGAAGGAUCGCGCGAUGCGCAGGGCGGCCCAGAAGUGGGCGAUUCCAAACGGGGAUUCGGAGUCGGAGUCGUGA